AUGGAGGAGUCGAAUCAAGUACAGGCACACAACCUGCUUGGUCUGAAGACACAAACGCCAAAAAGAAAAGACAACGCGCUGACUCGUACACUUCGAUCAUGCUGCAUAAUACCUCAACGCUAUAUAUUAGGUGUAAUGGGACUGUUAGGUGUCUGCAACGCAUACACAAUGAGAGUUUGCCUCAAUUUAGCCAUUACUCAGAUGGUCAACCGGACUAAAAGUGGAGACGAGCAUUUUGAUCCAAACGCAUGUCCUGAUGAUGUAGUUAUUGGAAAUGCUACAACCAUUUUACGACCACACGCGAUCUUUGACUGGGACGAGAAAACGCAAGGACUUAUUCUAAGUGGCUUCUACUAUGGUUACGCUGCAACUCAAGUCCCUGGAGGCUAUUUAGCUGAGAAAUUCGGAGGUAAAUGGACGCUCGGAAUCGGUCUACUUAGCACUGCCCUCUUUACGUUCCUCACACCUAUUGUUAUCAGAGCGGGAGGCGCUGUUUGGCUCUUCAUUUUGCGAGUACUGCAGGGAAUGGGAGAGGGACCAACAAUGCCAGCGCUGAUGAUUAUGCUGGCAAGAUGGGUACCGCCACAUGAGCGGUCGUUCCAAGGUGCUCUUGUAUUUGGAGGAGCUCAAAUUGGAAAUAUUUUUGGUUCUUUCAUGUCUGGAGUUCUACUAUCUGAAGGUCGCGACUGGGCGUAUGUAUUUUAUUUCUUCGGUGGAUUCGGCCUUUUGUGGUUUACGUUGUGGAGUCUCCUCUGCUACAGUACUCCAAACACUCAUCCGUAUAUAUCAAAGAAGGAACUCAAUUAUCUCAAUAAGAAUGUUACUACUGCUGAGAAUAGCAGCUCCAAAGACCCUGUGCCAUGGAAAGCGUUAUUACGAUCUGCGUCAGUAUGGGCUCUCGUAUGGGCAGCUGUAGGCCAUGACUGGGGAUACUACACGAUGGUGACGGAUCUGCCCAAAUACUCGCAUGACGUGCUCAAGUUUAACAUAGCAACUACUGGUACUCUGACAGCCUUGCCGUAUAUAGCGAUGUGGGUGAGCUCUUUCUUGUUUGGCUUCGUUUGUGACUUUUGCAUUAAGAAAGGCUGGCAUACGAUCAAGACUGGGAGGAUUAUUCACACUACUGUAGCUGCUACGGGACCAGCUAUUUGCAUAAUCUUAGCUUCAUAUGCAGGAUGCGAUCGAGCUGCUGCAAUGGUAUACUUCGUUCUUUCUAUGGCGUUAAUGGGAGGAUUCUAUAGUGGUAUGAAGGUCAACGCGUUGGACCUGGCACCAAACUACGCCGGCUCACUCACAUCGCUUGUGAACACCACAUCCACCUUCGCAGGCAUUGUGACACCAUACCUUAUUGGGCUGUUGACACCUGACUCAACCCUGGCACAAUGGCGUGUGGCAUUCUGGGUGUGCUUCGCAGUAUUAGUUGGCACUAAUGUUAUAUACUGCAUAUGGGCGGAUGGAGAGCAACAAUGGUGGGACGAUGUUCGCAAAUUUGGUUACCCACCUGGCUGGAAGCAUGGACCCUUAAUCCCAGAAGAAAACCUCGAACAACCAGAAACAGUUAGAUUAUCUAACAAAAAGGAUAACGACGACGCAUUU